AAGAAACCUUAACAUUUAAGUCUAAGAUGGGAGCAGGAGAGCUCCACUGGAAUGUAAAGUUGACACUGAGGAGACUGUUGACUUACUCCUACAAAUAAAUGACAACAGUCAGGAGCUAUAAGAGACCCCACACUGUGUGACCUGAAGUUUUUCACUCCUGCUGAGGGCGCAACCAUCAGGGGUCUUGUUCUCUUCAGGAGGCUGAUCUGCAGAGAACUCCAACAGCAGGUUGUGUUUUUUUUUUUAUUUCCAGAUCAAGCUAUGACAUGGGAGGAGUCGAAAGGUAAAUUAUUCAGUCAUUAGUGACCUUAAUUCAGCAUGCAAGUGAUCCCAUACUGUUCAGUAGCUUUCAUCAAAAUUUCACUCAAGGUACAUGUUAAUUAUGUUUCUCUAAUUGCAUUGCAGAAACAUCCUUCUCUACCUCAUAUGCUGCUGCUAUCUGAUCCCCCGAUAUCUGUGCACAGGACUUCACUCUCAGAGUAAGUUAUCUUCUUUCCUGCGGUGAUUAACUAGUUAGUUAAUCAUAUCAAAGGAAGGAACGGUUGUGUUUGAGUUUAAGUAAGUGGUGCACUCUGUUGCUGCUAACUGUAGCAUAUUUUUCCUCCGGACAUGCUGAAUAUGGGGCACUUUUCUUUUAACACAUGCAUGCAGUAUGAUGUAAAAGCACUACUGCCUUCUAGCACACACUGCUGGACUUAUCUAUUUUUUAUGACAUAUAUCCCGUGUGGUUCUGUGUUGCAGUGUUUACAUUUCUGAGUUAGCAAGACCAGCUGUGUGCCUCCAUGUCAUGUAGCUUCAGCUGUGCUCUGUAUGAUUUCACAUGAGCAAACUGGAUCAAUAAUUGCAAUUGUGUUAAAACAUUACAAAGCAUGAAAUCAGUGGUAACUCUGAGUCACAUAUUUGAACAGUGUCAGGUGUUUUGAUACAGCAUACAAUGUUGGCACCCUGAAUGGAAAAUACAGAAAGGAAGGCUCUGUCAAUUGCGGACCAUAUUCAAACUUGAUAAAGACCUUUAACUUCCUGCCCAGAUGUGUUAAAGCAGGAAAAUGUAGAGUUGAAGUGUCAAAGAGGAAACCACAAACAGCCAGAGAUAGCCUAAUAUUUAUUCAAGGCAGUGGAGCAGCUUUCCAAACACUGAGCUUUUAUUCCCUCCUCACACUGGCACAUGCACACACUCACAAACACACAUGCACACACUCUCUCUGUUCCACAACUAAAGCGGCCUGCUUCUGUUUCCAUCUUGCAGCUGUGAGAUUUUCCUCUCAAGUUGGUAUUCAUGGGGAGCAGCAUUUCAUGUGCCCUCAGAUCAACGUCGGGGAGGAUCGCUUCCCAGGUGAAUUCACAGGAACAAAGCUUUUGUUGUGGUUUGUACUUGCUUGACAUUUGCCUUAACCCUGCAAGAAAAGAAAUGCAUCACGUCAGUCCAAGGGGUUUCACAACUCAUCAUCUGGUCAACUACUUUAACCACUAGUUGGUGCUGUAGCUGAGAGUCAACUAGUCUUUUUUUUCUUCUCCCCCAAUAUUUUUGUGUUCAAGCACCAUUAAAUAGUGUCAUCUGCAUCAUCCUAAUUAAUGAGAGGUCUACAGACAUCUUCACACCUCUGCUUUUUAACCCUUUACUGUGUAAGUUAUCCCCUUUAUCAGGAGGUUUGGUAAUGUUUCUCUCAUCUGUUGAGUGGAGCUUUGUCUGUGGAUGCUUUUCCACACCAAUGCAAUACAAAACAAACGCAGAUCAAUAAAUACGUGUUUGUUUUUACUAAAAUUGUCUUUUUCAGGAAAUAAGCCUAACACAAAAGGUUUUAAAUCAAGUCAUAUUGAUUCAGAGAUAAUCUUUUUUUUUAUUGUUGUUCAUACCUGUUCCCAAAACAUAAAUUUUCCUGCCUUGCGAAAUACAAUGAAACAGCAUCUCUUAAGUUUGCAUUUUGCGCAGAUAUCUGGUCUGUUUUUGUUACACUGAUGGAAGUUGGCAGGUGUCACGUAUCACAUAAACCAUUUAUAAUGUAACUGCAUAAGAUGAGUAUUUAUGGACCAAGUAUAGACACCAGCACAAGCUACUUCCCAAAUUGCAGGUUUCCUCUCUUGGCAUUUUGUUGAUAUUUUGAGUUUUCAGAGGAGUUAAAAAUUAGCAGGUGGUAAAAUUUUGGUAUCAGACCUUUUCCCAAACUGUCUGUCAUUAUUGUUUUUUUCUAAAGGUGAAUAUUUGAGUCUGAGAACACAUUUUCUUUUUAUCUAAAAAAUGGGAGUUACUUGAAGAAGCGCUUUCAGUAAAAGUUAAAUUUAAUCAUUAGAGUCCAGCAGAUACAGGUCUUGGAUCAUAAUGAGUCCUUUUAAAAUCUGUAUUUCAAAUGUUUAAUCAAAAUCAACUUCAAAAUGAAUUUCAGUUCCUUCUAUCGAAUUUUAUUUUGUUAUUCCUGCACCCUCAGGAUUUUACAUCAUGUCCCAGUUCCACAUAGCAGAACUGGCAAGAAGAGGGACGGUCAAAAAGGUCCCUGGAUCAUCUCCUCUGCAUGUUGCUUAUCAAAUAGGCCCAGCGUUCAACUUCAGGAUCAACACAAGGUGAGCAACAAAGCGUCAGAAUGAGUCAACACUGACAUCUAGUGGUCAAAAUGGCUUAACACCAUCUACCCUGUCCAUGGUCCUGAACAUUAGAGAUAGGACUCAUCCUCACAAAUAUUUUUAUUCCAUACUACAGCCUAAAAACUUUCCGGACAAUCUUAGAAUUGUAUAUGAUGAUUUGGCUUCCUCAAAUUAUAUAGUAGGUUAAAUGUUUUGUACUUGAUUUCCAAUAACACUGAUUUUAUUGUUUUAGAUCAGCGUAUCCCUUGGGACUCCCUGAGGAGUUUGCAUUUGUGGCCGUGCUGCGCAUGAGUGGCAGCACCAUCAAUAAAAAGUGGAAUAUCUGGCAAAUGCAGGAUGUGAAUGGCAAUGAACAGCUGUCUGUCAGACUCAACGGGGAGUCCAGGACUGUGGAGUUUACCUUCACAGCGCUGGAUAAAGAGAGGCAGACUGUUGUUUUCAAACCUGCAGCUUCUCUAUUCAACGACCAGUGGCAUAAAGUCCUGUUUGAUGUCAGCAGGCGCUCUGUCACCCUCUAUGUGGACUGUGCCAUGGUGGGUUCUCAAAGUAUACCACCUCGACAGAAAGUCAGUCUGGAUGGAUUUACUCUGAUUGGAAAGCUCAAGGACAACCCGGUGAUGGCAGUACCGGUACGUACGCACACUUUCUUAGGUCAAAUAUGAAGGCUUUGAUUUGGUCUUUUGGCUCACAUCCAUACAGACGGACAUGGUUCUGAAAUUUUUACCGUAACAAACUAAAAGUUCAUCAAUAAAGCUGAGGAAAACUUGAGAAGCAGUUUCUCAUCUAGACAAUAUUUGUCUGUCUUAUAUUCUGAUUGGAUCCCUUGAUUUAGUUACAGCCAGCAAACUUUGACUAGUUAGUUAGUUAGUUAGAUAGAUAGUUAUCUUGAUGGACAGUUGGACAAUGCAAUGCAUAUUACAUAAUACAGCCUUAACCUGUUAAAAAUACGCUGUUGUAUUUGAAGUUUCACAUAAAAAUCAUAGCCGUUGUCAUGGUUUCUAACCUCUUCCCUUAAUUAAACUUUUGGUUAAUUAAAGCUCCUAGGAGGAGUUUCUUGACCUUUAUAAAAUCGACUUAAAUUCUGCCUUCUAAUGAUGCCCAAAAGCAAACACAUCUAUAAUCAAAAAGACAGAUUUUUAUAUCCCUGUUUUAUCAUCUAAAACUCAAAUGAGGUAGUAAGUCCGGGCCUUGCAGCUGUAGACACAGCCCUGCUUUUAUCAUUUUCACAUAAAAUAAUCACAAUGAAUUAUAUGUUUGACUGUCAAAAAUCAGCAGGAUGAGAUUUGUUAAGUUAAGCCACUCAUUAGUCACUGCUCAAGCAUGUAGCUGACAGGAUAAGAGAUUGCUUUGUCCACAGGGGGGCGCCAAGACUGACACAAACCAAAAGUUCCUAACAGGAGCUUAAAAAAAGGGGAAAUAAAGGUGAUAUAAAAUAAGUGUUUUAAAAGUACAAAAGAAGACCAAAGGAUAAAGAUUUACUCCGAGGUUAUAUAAUCAAAACCAAGAGCUGCAGAACAUCAUACAGUAGAAAAAAUGCUCACAUUUCUGAUCUUCUUUUACCUACCCUUUAUGCUUUUGUUAACCUGUCAUGGCAUGCCUUUAAAUUUAGUUUACUAAGGUCUGUGCUUCAAGCAAAAUACAAAAUGAUGUAAAAAAUGUGAUAAAUGCAGAUUUAAGUGCAGAAAUUAAACCUCCUGUGCGGAACUGUCUAUCUCUAUUGAAUUGUCAUCCUGGGUGAACAAAGUAGUAAUUCUUCUAGUUUUUUAUUCUCAUGAAAGUGGUGUUAAAUGACAAAAAAAAUCUCUUUAUAUUGUUGUUUUAUGGUUAAAUCAAUCACCUACCCCCUCACAGCAGUUACAGACUUUAAACAUUACUAUGUAGGAAGUAGAAAUUGUCUUUUUGUCAGUGGUCUAUCACCAUUUACUUCAGUCUGUUCUGUAACCAAUCAAAAACUCCUAAAACAUAGCAAUAAAAGCAUAAACCAUUAUAAAUAUUGCAGGAAAAAUGUUUCUACUGUUAAAAGAAAACUAUGAAUUGCAUGAUCUCUCAGUCUUAAAGUGUAGCUUACAUUCCUUGACUACUGUUUUGUUGUGCAGAUAAGAUGAGUUUCUGCUUAUUCUCCUGGGGAUCCUACAAAAGUCUGGCAAUCCUCGGGUUUCUCACCCUCCUGUUUGGUUUGUCCAUUGUUGAAGUCUGCAGCAUCUCCAUUCAGGCCUCACUGACAAAUAUGUGGAAUUUCUUGCAGGCUUUAGUCAGGAAUAUGUUGCACCAAGGUUUAAGCAUCCUGCAGCACCAAGCAGGACCCAGACCCCUUUGUUGUGCACAGUUAUCCACAAAAGCAUAUCAUACAUCACUGCUCCCUGCUUUUACCUGCACUUACAAUACAGACUCUGGUUACAUAAAUCAGUGGUAGUGCUUUAGUUUAUUACUCACUUGAUGUUUGGUAUUGUUUUGUUUUUGUAGUUUGAACUCCAGUCGAUGCUGAUUCACUGCGAUGUCACACGGGCUCGAGCAGAUGCAUGUUAUGACCUCCCAGCCAGGACACUGGUAAGAGGAAUGUAAAUAACACAGUAAAAAAUGUAUAUUACGAUAAAUGAUGUGGUUAAACUGGAUAAGCCUGAGUCACUGCUAUUGGAGAGUAAACAAAACAAGCAACAUUCAAAGUGUGUGCAUAAAUGUUUUUUAUUUGCUCAACUUCUUCCCAUCCAAGGGUCGAAAAAUGAGUAGAGAGGAGACUUGAAUUUACUUUACUUUUUAUCUACAUGACAUUUAACUCAACUGUAUUUGUGUAGCACCUUUCCUACAUAAAUGAAGCAGUCCACAGUGAUUUAAAAAAGAUAGGAAGACAGAAAAUAACAGGAACAGAUAAAACAAGAGAGAAGAUGGUUAUAAAGAAUAAAAUCUGUAAAGGUUUAAAGCAAAACUGAAGUUUCAGAAGAUGGGGUCAAAGCUGCAGUUAAAUGCCCCGCUAACCCCGUCCAUUGGUGCUGUCUGCACUUAAGCCCCUCCCCUUCGUGCCCCCCUCUAAACCCUCCAAUCCCUUCCUGAAUCCAACCACUGCAUGAAUAAACAUGAGCCCCUGAUGCCUCCAGGACCUCGGACGGUCUAGAUAGCUGGAGCGGAUUCAGUUGGGUUGUUUUGUCAGGGGCUCCCUCAGCCCAACAAAUCCCAGAGAAAGGACUACUUUUUCACCUUUCCUGUCCACGGGGAGAUCAUGGCUCGGGCCCCCAGCUUUAGAGGGCCGCUGCUGGUUCUGCUUCUCCAGCUUGUCCUUAUCUGCUCCGCUCAAGUAAGACUCAUUGUUUCCUUCUCUGUCUCUGUGGUGUCUCUUUUUGUCUCUGUAGGUUGAUGUGACUGAGGUGCAGGUGAGUGUCCUCCUGCUGCAGAAUGCAAAGUAAAAAACUUUGGUGAGAUUGUUAAGUUUGGAAAAUGUAGAAGACAUCUGCACUAAAAAAGUGGAGGGUGUGUCAUUUGUUUAGUAUCUCAUGAAAGUUUUAUAUCACUGCUGUUUAAUUCUGCAAUAAGAAAUGAGUGAUGUUAGAGAUCUUCAUGUAUCUCAAAGGCAGUCUUGUCCUCUGACAUACAACACAAGGCAGCGCACCUGUUCUUGUACUUUCAUAUUGUUUGUGCAGCAGUAUGUCAGUGUGAGAAAAAGGCUAAAAAUUGGUCGUUUUUCUCAAGUAUCAAAUCUUACACUCUCUUUUUUCAUUGUUACUAUUUCACCCAGAGGAGUGAAGGAUCUGCUGGCCCUCCUGGACCUGCAGGUGUCCCAGGAAUUGAUGGCAUCGCUGUAAGAGCUCUGUAACAAUGUCCAAACAAUGUGCCACAUACUCUGCAGACAGUUUCCUAUUUGCUCAAACUGUGUCUGUUUGUCUUAGGGGGAAAGAGGAGACGACGGCGAGGAUGGUCCUUCUGUAAUUAAAACCUUUAUCAAAAUUAAAUUUAACCUCUUUAUUUCUGUCUCUUCACUGAGGGUCUUUCUCUGACUCAUGUGUAUGUGAAUCCUUUGUUUCCAGGGACCUGAUGGAGAUGCAGGUAAACCCGGAUCAUCAGGCUUACCUGGAAUUCCUGGAAACGAUGUAAGUGCUCAACAUCUGAUCUGUUAUGUAUAUAAAAAGUGUUUGCUGGAUUAGUAAAAUCAACCCACAAACAAAGUGCCCAAGGAGGAGAAGUGCUGCAGGUGGUCUUAUUUCCAUAAAGUCUGUGUCUCUGUUUAUAAAACUCAAAAGUGAUAAGUGAGAUUUUAAAUUAAGCCGAGAAUCUGUGUGCAAAAACGUGAGGAAUUUAUCGAACAGAAGCCCAAAUUUCCUUUGUAACAGGGAGUGUAAUUAAGUCUGCUCCCUUCAGAGUUUAAAGUAGGGUUAGAAAAACAUCUACACACAUGCUGCUGCUGCUGCUGAUUGACUGACAAAAAGACACACUGAUGAAUCCAGCUCAGUUUGAAGUCUUAUUUCAACCCUCAUUCAAAAUGUAUUCUUAAGAAAAAGUCUAAAUUGAUUUUUUUUUGUGCUUUUGAGUUCGUCUUGUGAUAUCUACCAGGACUCCUGAAACAAAAGCAGCUUUGUUCCCUGACUGGAGUUAUUAUCUCCUGCUGAAAAUCCACAAAACAGUGUGGAAUGAUUUCUUUCAGAGCGCUUGUUUGAAAUGAGGCGGAGGAAUGCUGCUCGCUGCUUAGUUUGCAGUCUGAAAGUUUUGCCCUCUGCCCUGGUGCUGACGUUUUCUGUGUGCCUGAGAAGUUGAACAUGCUCUGCUGGAUGUCCAGAAAGGGAGAUUACACCCCAGUGUGACUCAUGAGCAUGACAUUUUGGUGCAAUAUAUAUAUGCCUAAACUUUCCAAGAGGAGGGGUUUGUUAUAUGAGUAAAAAUCUCUGAUGAAUAUGUACGGCUCCUCCCACUGGUGUACGAUCAUGUUAUGAUGUAAUAUAUGGAGGUAGGAAAGGCAGUACCUGUUGAGAUGGAGGGUACAUUUAAGACUUGGAUUUUGUGAAUUAAGUUUUAUCUUUUGGGGUGUAAUUUGCUAAAUGGAUCGAACUUUUUUUUGGCUAAAAAGUUUUGGUGGUAGUUGAAACAAAACUUUAACCAGCCCCUCCUUCUUUAAUUCAGUCACUGCAUUUCCUGGAGCUUUGUUGUGAUGUUUUCGUUAAGCCUUAUGUCUCUUCUCUGCAGGGUUUGACCGGCCCUAUUGGAGAUCCCGGGCCUGAUGGUCCCCCCGGACAGAAAGUGAGUGACUAAUGAGCCUUUGCCUUUCCUGCUUCACAGACUGUCAGUGAAACGGUGCCAAGCUGCUGUCCAGUUUUUUGGCCUGGCAGCAAGCGCUGCAGUGCAUAAACCAAUUCCUCGUGACAAAUGAGACUUAAUCCUGCGAGUCUUCUGUGUAAUCUCCGUGGGGAAUGAAGACCCAACAUGAGUUCUCAUUAGACCAAACACUGCUGGGUCAAGUGUGCCCAAUGCAGUCAUGUGAUGAGUUGCAGGAAUGUUAACUGGGAGCGUCUGCAAGCUAAUAUAGCUCAAUUCAACCUGAAGUGUUUCCGUGUUUUCAUCAUCUUUAUGUUUCUAAUCUUUUGAUGUUCCUCUUCUAGGGAGAACCUGGAAAACCUGGACCUCGUGGAACAGCUGUGAGUAAUCUGAAUUGGUUGAUCUAAGCAUCAGUAUAACUAUGACCAUCUCACAUUUAACGCAUUAAUCACUGAGUCUGCAUGUGUUUAUCUUUCUUUAGGGCGUUGGGCCAGAUGGACCUCCUGUAAGUAAAUUAUUAACGCAGCUACGCACAAGAUCUUUAAAGUUUUCGCAAUUUUUAACAGAAACGGGUUAAUAUUGAAAAUGUGAUGUGUACCUUUGAACAGGGACCACCUGGACCUGGAGGACUCCUUGGUGAAGUUGGAAAAGUUGGACCACCUGUGAGUAAAGACAGACACAUGUGUGUUAGGUGGUGUUACUGGAAACUACAGACUGGAAAAUACACUAAAACACAAUCAUGAGUGCAAGCCAAGCUUAAGCUAUCUGCACUGUUCAGCUCUACAAACUCACAGUCCUUUGUAUUAAUGUGAACACCAACUUUUAACACACAUGAUCGCAGACCGUACACACUCUGUGCACCAUCUAAUCAACAUGUACCCGGUCAAAAAGUGUGUAAUCAUCUUAUCAUUUAAACAUUUUGUUAUCAAAUUAAAGAUUCAUGGAUUCUUUAAUAUUUCAGAGAGUGAUUAAGAUUUAAAAUAUCAACACAAAUGAUAAAAUAUUCAGCAUUUCAUCUUGCCUCUGGAUACGGUAUAACCCAGAAUUAUAUUUACUUUUUAAUUUGGACUUAUUUUUAUUGUUGGUUUAUUUAAUUUUUAACUUUGCCUUGUGGCUGUAACUAUCAACAUCAGCAUACACUGCAUUGAAAGUAUAAUUUUUGAGUUAGUCUGCAAUCAGUGUUAAGCUCUUAAAGGUGCAGUAUGCAACAUUAAAUGAAAAAUACAAUAAAAUAUUCAUGAGCAUGUAAGCAAAUAAUCAACUUAAUGUAAAAAUAAUUGUGUUUUGGUUCACUUUGAAUGAGCCUGUUAUAGAUGCAUAGGAGUUGGUCACCUUCUGUUUUGCACUGCCAUGUGUCGCAGUAUUUUGCAAAAUGAACUACUUAGAAGAAGAAGAAGAAAGAGGAGAGAGGUGUUUUAGUGUGCAAAAUGACCUGUGCUGACAGAUAUUGUGAUGGUAAAAACCUGACAAAUGAAGAAUAAUACUUAUUAUCAUGCAUCAUAAAAGCUUUUUGUCCUUGAAAGCCACCGUCACACAAAAAGCGGGGUGGGCAGGGUAGCGUUUAAAUUAAGAAUCUGACUACAAGAUAUUGCUAAAUUUUCCUCUCUGUACACUCUGUGUCUAAAAUGUUCAAUAAGCAUCAUUUUGUCCUAAAUAACAAACAUGUUUAUGCUUCAAGUGUCAAAUAAUAACUUGAAUUCAAAUUAAACGAGUCUUUGCUCAUUAAAUGUUCGAGUGCAGAGAGCAAAAUUAGCACUCUUAUUUUCUGUACUGCGCAGUAAAGGAGGGCCCAGUUCAUUCAACUCUGUCUGUUUAUUUCCUGACACAUUUUGUCUCUUUCCACAGGGGGCCAUGGGCGUGAGGGGACCACAGGGACCUCGGGGACCAACAGGGCCCAGAGUGAGUGACACCGCUCAAUUCAGCUCACAAGAUUAGCUAGUGACCUUAAAUUUUAAAAAGAGAGGAAGCUGAGAAAUUGGAGUGGCUUUGUUAGAUAUGAGGCCUCAGGACAGGGCUGCAGUCUUUGGAUUAAGAUAUUGAAAUCUCAUGUAAAUUUCAGGGUGCAGCUGGGAUGCAAGGCAGUGCUGAACUGGUGAGUUUUAUCUUCUCUAUUCUGGAGAGUAUCAUUUCUAUUUUUUUUGCAUGUGUUAUCGAGAAUGUCAGCUGACUCUGGUGUUGUUGUUUAGUGUCCAAACUCUUGCCCACCUGGGACCCCUGGACAUCCUGGCCUCCCUGGCAUGAAGGUGAGAAGCAGAUUAUUCCCUGUUGCACUAAAAUCACAUUUAUGUCCCAGAAUGCAUGGAGCUAAAUGCGUGUGUCUUUUCUAUUUACUGUAUUUUAGGGUCACAAAGGUGUCAAAGGUGAAGCAGGGGAGCCUGGGAAACAAGGUCACAAGGUAAAAUAAGUUCAUCCCAUGUUUUUAACCCUACGGCAAAAAAAUUAAAGUCUCGAGAAAUGCAGUAAAACAUCCACAACAACAACAGUGUGAAUUUAUUCUCGCAUUAAACAGCAAAAGUAGACCCUUAAAACAUAAAUUUUCCCCCACAACUGUCACACAUGCCAAGACGUUCCACAUCAGGGGAAAUUAUGCACAGUUUAGAUGUGAAAAAAGAAGACAAGUAUUAUUCGGCUGCUCUAUUUCAAAAGGAAGUGAUACACGCCUUUCUGUAAUGCCUGUGACUCCUUGUAAUGCACAGAGGAUGAUUCAUUUGAAAUGAUGUUCAAGCACAACUGCCCUCACUCUGUAAUGUGUCUAUGCACUAUAUAAAUGGAAAUGAGUCCAGGCCCAUCUCCCUUUAUCACCUCAUGCCAGGGUAUGAUUUACUGUCAGCCUGCGCCCCGUCUCUGAGAAUGAUUUUCUCCUCCACUAGAACUUUCAUUUGAGGGACCCUUUUGCCUGUUUUUCCACACAGAAAUUCACACAUUUGAGCUAAAAGUUAACAACCUGACAAUCAGAUGUUAUGCCAGGGUUGGGAGUUAAUCGUUUACGGUUUACGGGAAGAAUAUUGAAAUCUGAAAUAUUUAUGUUUUUUAAAGAUUGCACCUCGACACACGACUAUAGGUGCACACAGAAACAUGGAGCGUUUUGCUUUGUAUUGGAAAAUAAGCAGACACAGCGGCGUGAUAGCACAUUACAACACCUUCACGACUUCAAGACUCAGAGACAUUUCAAACCUUCCUAAUGAUGAAAAAAAAACAGGAAUUGAGAGCACCUCUUUUCAUGAUUCAACAGAAAGGCUUAAACCACAUUUCAAAAAAACUUUGUCUCUGUUUGAAGAUGUUAAAUUACAUUUUUUAGAGGAGACAAUCAAGCAGAAUUCAGAGCAGGCAACACUCACUUGUUCCCUUGCAUAAUGUUAAACGUGUAAUAUUUGAUUAUAAGUACUGUAAUGUUUAUACUUCUUAAUGGUGAACUGUAAUACACAUAAUUAAAAGAAGAAAUUGCCUUCUUAAUGAUAGAAAACUUGCACAACCUCGGGCCACAAGCACUAUCUGUCUUAAUGGAUAAGCCCCCUCAGGUCCAGACUGUCUGCACAUAAACUAUUUUUUAUUCAUGAAGCAGGAGAACUUUAAUUUGGAGUUAAAUCGUCUGCUUUUCCCUCGUUGCAAUCAAUUAAAAAUGGGUUUUAUGUUUUUCAAAUUAUGAAACAGCUGAUAGGAGGAGUCUGAGUAUAAAUAUUUCUGCAGAGGAGAACAUCAUAUGGGACGCUGAUGUUCUUUUUCUCUUGUAAUGCAGUUAAAUAUGAAGAUCUGAUCGUUGUCAUGUUAAUGUUGUCUCUUCAGGGCGAGGAAGGAGACCAGGGAAGCCCAGGAGAGGUUGGAUCUCAAGGUCCAACGGUUAGAAUCUGUAUUUAUAACAUGAUAUCAACCAUUUUUAAAGCAGCAUGUUAUCCUUUGUCGGCUUCGCUCUGUUUUCUUCUCACUCUUGGUUGUCUUUUAUGAUUUCAGGGUCCUCAAGGACUCCGUGGAGCGACAGGAAUGAUGGGCUCCAAGGGAGAGACGGUAACUGCUUUAACCAUUUGCAGCAUUAAAGUGUCUCUUUGUUUUUAAAUUCAGCUUUGAUGAUCCUAUAUGUCUCUAUUUUUUAAUCAGUCCCUCUGUUCUCUUGCAGGGAGCUCGAGGUCUUGAUGGAGAGCCAGGUCCUCAGGGUGUUGCAGGCGCUGCUGUGAGUUUGACCCACAAUACAAGUGCUUUUACUCUUGCAAACUAUCAGGUGUGCAUGGACAGUUUAUGACAAAAUGUUUUAUUUUCUAGGGAGAUCGAGGCCAGAGGGGCGUGAUGGGUGAGCCUGGGCCUAAAGGUGAAACGGUCAGUAGCGAAUCAGCUGUAGAAAACGAACCUGUAGUUGCUUGAUUGUAAAAGUUAAACUCACAGUUUUGUGUGUUGUUUCUUUGUUGUUCAGGGCGUUCUGGGACCGAGGGGAAUCACAGGACUGCCAGGGCCCAAAGGAGAGGGUGUGAGUGUCUAAUUAGAGAGUAUAAAAAAGAGCUUCAAUGAUCAGCUAGACAACAUACUAAAUUUGUGCUUUUUGUUACCAGGGUUUGCCAGGUGUUGAUGGACGGGAGGGUAUUCCUGGGAUGCCGGGAGCAAAGGUAGAGUAUUAUUUUUGCGUCUUUGCUCAUUAAACAUGUCAAAUUUGAUAAAACAGUAAUAAUACUAUGAACCUAAUUAUAAAUAGAGAGGAGAUGAAGAAGAAGUAACAGACAGCUAGUGGGCCAGCUGUAGCUGCAUUCAAGGGGAUGAUUCAGCACUUUUAAAACUGAUGUUUGAGAUUAAUGUGAAUCCAAACUCAACAUGAGAGCUUGUACCUCCUAAAGUUACCAAUAAGCUGAACAUUUACACUUUCUGACUGUUGUUUCCUUCACUUUUGUGAUUUACAAUCUGUGUGACACUUAGGCUAAGUUCACACUGCAGGUUAUGAUGCACAAUUCGGAUUUUUUGUUAAAUCCGAUAUUUUUGUGCGGUCGUUGACAUUACAAAAACCAAUAAGGCAUCUAAUGUGAAUGGAAUGCGUCCGUGAAGUGACCUGCAUGCGCACAAAGCACAUAUUGCUCUCCGCGCCUGUGUGUGUUGUUGAACAAUCGUGACAUUUGGCGCAUAUUGAUGACGUAUAGGUCGGAUGAACGCGACCUGAGCAUCCACACUGCAGUCACAUCAGAUAGAUAUUCGAUUUAUAUCCACAUACAAAAGAGGCCUGGGUCGGAUUUGAAAAAAUUAGAAUUGCACUGUUCAAGCUACUGUUUUGAAGAAGGAAAAACAAGUCACUUUUUGUAGUGGUGGCUUAUAAAUAUGUGUAUUUGACUGGUCACCCUGUUUGAGGCAGUUUCCAGUCCUGGGAUCAACAUUCUGGCUGUUCAAAGCUCUUAACGCACUUAUAAGCUUCAUUUAUUCACUGUCUGUUUCUCCACAGGGAUCCAUUGGGAAGGCAGGCGCUCCUGGAGAGGUCGGACUUCAGGGGCUUCCUGUGAGUAUGACCUUUGAACCCCAAACUGUCAAGACUGACACUGAUUGGAUGCACCUGAAUAAACCCACCGAGAGCACUUUUAAAGCACCAUUGCACAUCUGCACGUCUGUAAUGCAGUAAUAAGCUGUGAGAGGAUGUUCAUGCAUCCUGUACUCUGAAGUAGACAAUAAAGUUAAAUUUUUUUUUCUCUAAGGUGAAAUUUAUCCAGUUUAGCUCCAUCCCUCUAACUCCUUUACCAGGCUGUGAAGUGUAAUCACCAUCUUCUUUAGGAGAGAAGAGUGAGACAUAUGUUUUUCAGCCCUCUAAUCUUAGAUUAGCCUAAUGAAUGGCACUAAUGGGAAUCAGUUGGCAGACCGUGGCAUUAAGACAGAUCUCUCAGGUGUAAAAGUCAUCACCUGAUUUAAAUACCCCGAGCACUUUAAUCACCCUAAGCUUUUAGGGGUCAAAAGCUCAAACCAAUAUAUAUUUUAUCCCUUAAGCCUGCAGCCUCGAGGCUCAAGUGUUUCUCUCAGUGAAGGACUGACACCUUUUCCUCCUUGUCCCUGCUGCUCACAUCCCUCAUAGAUAUAUUCUCUGUUUUCAGGGUUUGCCUGGUUCACCGGGACCAAAAGGACUGGGCGGCUCUAAGGUGGUUUUCUUUCUCAGUAGAUUAUCAGUGAUUUCAUGUAUUUCACCCCCUUCACUUUCAAAUGCUGAUUCAUGCUUUUGUCCCUACAGGGAGACUCUGGUCAGCCAGGCCUUCCUGGAACAAUGGGGUCUGCUGGGAAAACAGUAAGUAAGAGCAGCACUCGCUGGAAGCUGUUAUUACCUUUGUUGUCACCUCUGAUGUGUGACUGACUGUGUCACUUUCCCAUCACACCACAGGGUGAGCGUGGAGACCAGGGAGAAGUGGGACCUGUUGGACCUAUCGGUGAACCCGUGAGUAUUUCUUUCCCUACUUGAAAUCCUUCUAGUCUCAUUUUGUUUCACAAUCUUUCUCUUUAUUUUGUUUAUUUGAAACUCAUCUCCUUUAUUUUUUCUUAUCCAAAAGGGAGAUGUUGGCGAGCAAGGUCCUGUGGGUUCAGCUGGCAAGCUGGGUGCAAGGGUGAGUAACUAUACCUUCUAAUCAGUUCACAAUUCUUUUUUAUGCAUUUUCAUCAUUUGUGUCUGUUUUCAUUUGAUUUCCUGAAUUAAUCUUACAAUAAUCGUACUAUUUUUAAAGUUCAUCUGUCCAAGUUUAUUCUACUAUCUUAAAACCUAAACUUCUCUGUAUUAAAUCGCCUCAUCAGAGCUUCUGAGAGGAACUUAUUUCUGCCAUGCACUGUUUAUAUUCACUAAUAUUGAUAAUAUGGCCUUUGUUUACUGAAAAACAGUUUUUCUACGUGUUAAUAUUCAGCUAUUUUUGUUAAGAGUCAGUGUAAUUAAAGUCAAAAUAUGUCCAAAUGACAGACACUGUAUUUUGCUCAGUGGUUGAGUUACUUCCAUGUCACAUGUUGGUCAUGUGACUUUGCAAUAGUGUGAAAAAAAUAAAAACAAAAAUGAAGGAAAUAUUGAUAGAAUUAAGUUUAAAAGUAUUAACUGAUAUAAAGAUAUCAGACAAAAAAACACAAUAACCAGCAUAGGCAAGAUUACAGUGAGUGUCAGCUGUGGUUCAUUUGUUAUUUGCUUUUGCAGGUCAUCAAGAUUGUUGAUUUAAGUAAACUGUCUACUGAUGCAGAUUUUUUAGGCCAAUACUGAUACCAUUUUUAGUCGCUGAUGAGACCGAUAUCCAUUAACAGUAAAAAUCAUAAUCUUUCUGUCAGUAUUUAGAAUUUGGAAUAUUUCAAACUCCAACACAAAACUUUGCUUAUAUGUCUUUCGUAAAUGUUUAGCCAGAACUAAAAUGUGCAUCAUCAUAUAUGAGAGUUAAUAGAUAUGUCACGAGGUCAUAUGAUUUCCAGCCAAUCAGAAAGUGUUGUGGGUGGGACAUUAGGGGGGCAAAGAGUUUUAAAUGACUGAUUUCAUCAAACUAUAGAGACAUUAAGGUAUAUCCAUAGCUUUCUUUUUAAAACACAAGGCAAAAUAUAACAUAAACCUUUAUGAAAAUAAACUCCCAAACAGACGUGCCAAUCAAUAACUAAAGCUUUUACUUUGUCACUUUGAAUGAGAGGAGCUAAGAAGGAGAGAAGCUGCAGAGUGUACGGUCCUGGCUGUUGUUUCAGAGGAAUGUCUCAGAGAAUAGAGCGGGGCUGAAUCUCACAUGAGGUCUAUUUUCACAGUAAGGGGAGACUUGUAAGCAGCGGGCUGAAUGAGCUCUCUGUUCUGCUGACAUUCCUCAGACAGUGGGUCAGUGAUCAAAGCGGAGCGGAGCACAGAAACAGGUCUGAGAGAAUAAGGGGUGAUGCCGAGCUGUGUUCAGAUACUAUUAUCAGGAUCAAUAUCAGAAACACUGACAGGCGUUUGGGAAACUGCAUUGUGGUUUUUAACUCAUUUGAAGGUGAAUUUUGAUGGAAAAUUGCAAUGCUUUAUAAUACCUUCAGUACUUGCAGUAUACAGUAUAAUAGCAUCAAUGAAACUUAGAUACUUGUAAAGAAGUAGUUAAAAAGAAGAGCAUUCAAAAGGAAAAAUAUUAAGGCACACUUUUGUUGUGUUCAGCUCAAAGUUGAUUUUCAGACUCACGGGAUGAGCGUGUUUAUUUAUCACAGGGACCCAAAGGUGACCCCGGUCUUCCUGGUCUCCCUGGUCCUCCUGGCCUGCCUGGAGUGAAAGGAGAGAGGGUAAGACGACACCACAGUCUCAUUCAGAGACCUUUUUAAAUACUAUUGUUUUAGAAAACAACACAGACAUGCUUGACAACAAACAGCUGAACAGCUCCCUCUAGUGUGAACUAAUGGAAAUAUUUGAGCUUUUGAACUCUGCAUGCAACAACAACCUGCUAACACCUCUGUUUGUGUGACACAGGGAGAACGUGGAGAAGCAGGACCUAAAGGAGAGUCGGUAUGAAAUCCUAAAAGCGAAUAUUAAUCCUCUUUGUUGUGAUACUACAUAGAAAAAGCUGCUGGACUGAUUUGGAUUUGUUUUCAGGGAGAACAAGGUGAUGAAGGGAAUCCUGGAGACAAAGGGGAUGUUGUAAGUUUUGCACCAAGUCAAACACUUUUUAUCUGAGUAGUUCUCAUCCAGAAUCUCACAAGCUUGUCUGCGUUCCCCUUCUUUGUCUCUACAAAUGGUUUAGGGAGAUUCAGGAGAGUCUGGAGCUAAAGGAGAGGUGAGUUCACACUGAAUUUUUGCACCUUUACUCCCACUGUUCCCUCGGUUUUCAGGCUGUAAUGAUUAUGCUGCAGCUGUGUAAUAACUUUUCUGGUCUGGUACCUUUUUCGGCGUGAAGGUCGGAAACCCAGGAGAGCCCGGCAGAAGAGGUCCUGAAGGAAGUAGAGGGCAGCCUGGUGUCGAGGGGCCGCCCGGCUCACCUGGACCACGGGGCAUGCAGGGGAACAGAGGAGUUCCUGGAGUCAGAGGGACUCAGGGUCCAGCGGUAUGUCUGCAAAAAGACUCAAAUAAAAGGACAGCGCCAGAAAUAGUCCAGGAACUGAGUUGAGGAGAAAGAGGGUCCUUUUAAAACUCUACAGACCUUUACAGUGAAGUGAUUUUGAGCUACAAGAAACCCGUGAUUGUGGUUACUGUCAGUUUGGAUUUUAGUUUUUGUUCUUUAUAGUACCUCAUUAUAUUGUAAUAACCGUGUUUGUUUACCCGCUUUAAAGCAGCAAAAUAGACUGUCUGGGGUUUUAUGUUGUAAAAAAAAAAAGAGACCGAAUCUAAAUUACACACAUCAAACCUUCGAUUCAUUUGGCACAAACUUCUCUACUUUAAAUUCAUUGAAUUCGGUAUUUCAGUGUUUCUGCAGCAGUUGCCUGAAGGAGCUGCAGCUGUCAGGUAAAAAGAAGGCUCUCUUAUUUCAUGAUGUUAACUGCCUUUAUUAUUAAUCACCUAUCUGAGUUAAAUACUUGAUUCUGAUUGGUCAAAACCUCUUAACAUAAGUUAUCAAUUCUGAAUAACAAAGGCAACACGAGGGACAACAUCACAUAUAUCAAAUCAAUCUUCAAGCCCAUCUGUGUACGAUUCAUGAUAUCAUCAAAAUGUUACUCUUAUCUGUGUUUAAGUACUUUACUUUAGAUCACACCAACUCCACAGUGAGAUUUUGGCUUUACUUGAGCACAACAAGGAUACGUCUGCUUUAUGUGACCAUCACAAGACAUGCAUGAAACACCUGUUGUCAACAUCUUGCUGUAGAAAUGACGCAAACAUUAGGAAGCAACAUGAAACGCUUGAGGUGUUUGCAUUACAGAGUCUGAUUUUCAGGGUUCACUUCAAGUCUUCUUAUUUCUGUGUCCUUUUUGCACAGCAGCUGGUCGAUUAGCCAUUUACUAUCUAAAAAUCUUGGAAAACAUAAUCAGAUAUGGCCCCUGGUAAGGUGGAGGGUGCACACUUUUAUCUUUGUAAAAUUUUAGCAGCAUUUACUUCAUGGUCACCUGUGAUCUUUAACUCGCUACCAUGGUAAAGCGCACUUAUUCAAUCCUGUCAAACAGAUGUCAGCAUUAAAAUUCCAAAAUUAAGACUUCAAAAGGAAGUUUCACUAACUUUUUGGUAUGAUCUAUGUCCAUAAAAAAGGAAAUCAAUUAUACCAAGUCUCCACUCCAAAAUUUCAACUUUCGAAGAGCAGAAAGAAAUGUUUCUUUAAGCUUCACCUCAGUACACUUUGAGUUCAUUAGACAGGUUCAACAAGCCCAAGGGCAGAACAAUUUUCUUCACCCACAGAGAAGCACGUCGGUAAAAUAGUGUUUCUGUUUUCACUUGAUAACACUCGUGUGGAGUCUUCUCGUAAAUGUUUUAGACAUUGUCAUGAAAUCUAUUAAGUCAUCUCUCUCCCUUCCAGGGUAAGGAGCCGAGUGAUCAGCACAUCAGACAAGUUUGCAUGCGAGUCAUGCAAGGUAAGAACUGAUAGGCCUUUGACCCCGUUUAUCAUUCCCCGAUGCCUCGUUUCCUCGAGUUUAAUCUUCCCCAGAAUGCCUCAUUACACCACCACACAUAGAGCCGCCCCUUCUUUUGUCUCAUUGAUCGGGGCGGUUGCUGAAUCCUCCCCGGUUCAAAACAGAAAAGCCUCAUAACCAGAACAUGAAAUAAGCUUCAGCCUUUGUUUGUGUGAUGGAUGAGAGAUUCCCUCUCUGAGCUGCAGAAACGUCUCACUCAAGUCACAACCUCUGUUCUCUUCAUUCUGUUGCUCUUACGUCUUCACAACUCAUCUCCUAUACUCAUGAUUUUUUUAUAGCCCAUGUGCUGAAAAAUUAAUUUCACCUCCAGCAGACCUGCACUCCUCCGCUCUGAGCAAAGAGUCUGCCUGGAAAGGAAAUCUUAAAAAAGAGCAGUUGAGCAGCGGCUGCAUGAAUUUUCAUCAGCAGCCAGAAAAUUCCAAUUUCAAGUGCAAAAUACCAGCAGCAAGGAACCAUGGGAGAUUAAUAUGAGAUCCUUUGCAUCGUGGACACAUUUCCGACUGCUCAUUGCUGAAAUAAAGAGCAUUAUCUCCUCUCUGCUCAAUCUACCGAGCUUGUAUAGAAAAAGGUUGAAAAACAGGAGCAACUCGAGGGAUAACAUGCCCAUAAAUUCACCUCUCUCUACUUCACAUUCAACUCAACAGCAAAAGCUGAUGGACCAUCUCCUCUGUGAGAGCUGCUUUGGGCUUUCAGAGAUGAGCCUCCUUAAGCUUCGGAAUGAUUUAUUACAAAGUAUUCCAUCUUCAAAAGGUCCCCUGACGUCUGUAAACUACAGCUGUUAGAAAACAGUACGUGUUCUGUGUCUGAUAGUUGACCAGGUUCUUCUUCUUCUCUCUGUUUGUGCUCCGACAGAACAACUGGCUCAGCUGGCUGCUAGUUUGAGGAGACCAGAGUCUGGUGUGGCUGGUUUACCUGGGAAACCUGGACCCCCAGGACCUCCUGGAGCACCAGGAGACAAUGGCUUCCCAGGGCAGGCUGGAACAAGAGGCCUCCCUGGACUCAAAGGGCCGCCAGGACCCUUGGGAGUAAAAGGACCUAAAGGUAAUGAAAGCACUUAUAAGUAAACAUCAUCGAAAACAGUGAUAUGUUUGUCUCUGUUGAUUAUAUUCGUAAAGAUAUGGACCUGGCCUUUUAGUUUUAUAUUAAAGCCAUAGACUGUAUAUAGAAUAGAUGCUGUCUGCCUCCUCGCUGGGUGAAGUCACUCCGAGAACAGCACCCUCUGGUGGCGGGCUGCAGUAUAAGUCAUAUUUUUAAGUAAUUUUCUGUACAGCUUCAUUUUUAAAAGUUAUUAGGGGGUUCAUGUUUUCUAUGAUUGACACCUGAUACAGCCUAUGGGUGUACAAGGAUUGCGUUGCUCACCCAGGGGGAUACGCUGUUUAAGCCGAGCGUCAUCACAGUGACUCUCGGCCACUCUCACGAAAAGAGCAGAAAUAAAAGAUUUAACACCUAUUUUAGUUUCAUUUAAGUAGCUAUAGUGCUUUUUUUUUUUUUAAAGACUUUUCAAAAAAGUUAAAAGCUUGGACUUUUAUUUGGUCAGAAUCAGGGCGCUGUGCUGUAUAUUAUGACUUCUGGUUCCAUAAACACAAGAUCGAGUAGCAGAUUGUACCAAACUCUGUGUAAAAAUGGGGGUUUAGGAACUAGUGGAUGAUGUCAAUGACGCUGUGUUCACUCUUGUGUACAAACAUCGUCAUGAAAAACCUAUCAAAUCCAUGUUACAGGUGAGAUGGGAGACAGAGGCUCUAGAGGGCAGACAUCACGAGGACCCAAAGGUCAGCCAGGACCUCCUGGACUUCCCGGUGAGUCGAUUCAACUUUUCCUGCAGUUUUAUCAGAACAAGAAAAUCAAACUGUGAAACUGAGAACAAGAAGACACAAGCAAUGACAGAGUUAAGAGGGUUGUAUUAUUAAUUUGAAGUGAACACUUAAGUUCUUUUAAUCUUUUCUUAACCAGGAAAAAAACUCAGUGAAUUUAAAACUUUCUUUUGUUAAUUGAAUAUCUCGGCUAAGACAGACAGACAGACAGCAGCAAAGUUUCUGACUGACAGGUUUAAUUACACUCAGAACGUUUUAGCACUUUGCACUUUAACUAAAUCCAUCUUUAACCAAACUUAAUCUUCAACUCUUAAACUGACAUUCAUUUGUUCUCUUAAGGCAGAAAAUACAAAAUGAAAGACAGCUAAUGUGAAAGAAGAGUUCAUUUUAACACUUUACCCUGUCCUUCAGAAGUUACUUUCACUUCCAUCCUAAAAUAAACGCUGUUUUCUCAGGUGAACCUGGCAAACCCGGCUACGGUCAGGAUGGUCGGGACGGGCAGAGAGGACCUCCAGGUGUUCCCGGACAGUCCGGCGUUCCUGGUCCACCUGGAUCAGCUGGUCCUAACGGUUACUGUGACCCGUCAGCCUGCAACCUUCCAGCAGGAGCCGCCGUCCAGUCUCUGGAUGUGAAGGGACCUGCAGGGAACUGA